UUUUUGACACUUUACAUCUUGGGAUAUUUGCAACUGUGCGAAGCAGAGAGGUAGCCGCUGUGUCAUCAAGACACCUGUGAGUCGGUUUCACGAUGCCUUGCGGACAGUCGAACGCGUUUUUAUGUCGUGCUGAGGAGCCAGUCUUGCCGCCCCGACGUUUUCCUUCCGGUUUUCUGUAGCGCCUCGGCGUCUCUCACUUUUCCGCGAGGGUCUCAGCCGACACUGACGCCGUUCCUGUCGGCUUCGUUGUGACGGCCGCAGGGACCCGCCGCUCGCAGGGCGAUAAGCCAUCCACAGAUUUUCUGUUUUCGUCCCCUUCUCUGCCUUUCCCUCCCGCCCUCGCUCUUUCUUGUCCGACGUCUUCUGCGAUUUUCCAGAAGCCCGUUUUCGACUUUCGACGCGGUGCUCCACAAAGCCGCCGUCUCUCCGACCAGCCACUUGCCGAGCUGCUGCGGUGUACAUACACCCGGUGAGCUGGAGCCAGGAGUCUCUUGGCGACGGGUCCCUUCCACUUUGUGCAGAAUUUUGGACUGGAGCGUUCCGCCUUUUGCUCUGUUUCCUGGAGACGCACGAGGCGGCUCUGCUUUCCCUGCCUCAUGUCGCCGAGACUGCUGGCUGUUCGCGUUCCGACAGAGGUUCCUCGCUCCCCCCCAACUUCAAGAUGAGUUCCCUGUCGAGCACUUCGCCGCCAGGAGAGCUGGAGAACAGCGAGGCGGUGUCUCCGGCGCAUGCGCUGUCGGCACGGAGAGACCAGGCCUCUGCCUCGAAACCAGGACGAGGGGGAGAGACGCCGACGCUCGGCUCUCAAGCGAACAAGAGAGCCAGCCGGUCCGCGUCGUCGCACGAAGUUCAGAGGGAGAGAGCGGUGGUCUGGAACGGUCCCGAGGCUCGGCGCUACGAAGCCGAAGUGCUCGCCGUUCUCCACAGCUUCGACAAAGCGAAGGAAUGGGCAGACUUGAACAAUUGCCUCCAGAAGCUUCUGCGCGUCUUCUCCCCACCAACUGUCUCCUCCUUUGCCUUCUCUUCCGCCCCAACUGCCCCCUUCUUCCCCUUCAUCCCUCACAAAGCAGUCGUCGCCAAGCGCCUCGCCCAGUGCCUCAAUCCGCUGCUGCCUUCAGGCGUCCAUACACGGGCUCUCGAGACGUACGCGGCCAUCUUCGAGCGCAUCGGCCCCGACGGCUUGUCGCGCGACCUCGCCACAUACAGUGCUGGCCUUCUGCCCUUCUUCCAAGGCAGCGCGACUCACGUCAAACCGUUCUUCCUCGACCUCAUCAACGCGUACUACUUGCCUCUCGGAACGCACUUGACGCCUUGUCUCUCGGGCUUGCUGGUCUCGAUGUUGCCGGGUCUGGACGACGACAAGGCCCCCGCGUUCGGCUACGUCUCCUCCACGCUCUGGAGACUCCGGGACUGCGUCGGAGAGCGCACAUUCGUCGCAGCUCUGUGGCUCGCGCUGCGCCGCGCCAGUCGCGUUCGGCUCGCCGCUCUCUCGCUUCUCGGCCAACUCCUGACGCCUGCGCUCCCUGCGCUCCACGACUCGGAACGCAUUGCCACCCUGUUGCCGGACCGCGAAGAACUCGUCGUCGGGGCUCUGGAGGCAACGUUCGAAGAUCAAAGCGCCCUGGUCAAGCGACAGCUGCUCGACCUUCUCAUCGCGAACUUCCCGUUCGACCAGUCGCUGCUCUCGAGGAAAGAAAUGGUUCGCCUUCUUCGAGCAGCUCUCCGCGUCCUGCCCCUACGCGAGUGGUCGCUCACGCGCCGGUUCAUCCAGUGGAUCACUCGGCACCCCGAUGGCAUUCUGGACGUUGUCGACCUCUCCUUUCUCUCCGAGCGCGUGAAGGGACUUUUGAUUGAAACCGUGAAGCUGGAGUUGGAGAGUCAGCCCACGACGACGAAAGAAGCGACGCAUCUGCUGAAGAGUCUGUCGAUUCUCAUCGUCGAUAAUGAAGACUUAGAAGGCCUCGCGCAGGAGUUGAUGCCGUCACUCACAGUCCCGCUUCUUCGCUAUUUGCUGAGAGAGUCGACCAAUCCGGUCUGGGGCUCUCGAGUCAGUCAAGAAGCUCAGCAGCUCUUCCACGCGAAACUCACGCAGCCUGAUUGGGUCUGGGGAGCUCUGGGCGUCGAAAUGCAACGCGUCCUCUCCUCAGUGCCUCCCCUCUCUUCUGCUUCUUCUGCUUCUGCUGCUUCGUCUGCUUCUUCUGCUUCGUCUGCUUCUUCUGCUUCUUUUGCUUCGUCUGCUUCGUCUGCUUCGCUCUGUCGGGAGGCGGCGGCGGACGGCUGCGUGGAGGUCCUGCUGCUCGCGUCUCUGUACCUGAGUCGAGCCGAGGGCUCCGGCCUGUUGUCCGAGGCAGCCUGCAUGUUUCCAGGCCAGGACGCGGCGCGAGAGGAAGCAGAGGAGAAGGAGCCGGACGAGCGAGGGCGUCGGGGACGCGAGCGAGACGACGGGAGAGAGGGAGAAAAGGGAGCACACACCACGCGCGAGGACAGACCCUGCAGCGAAGCAGAAGAAGAAGGCGAAGAGACAAAGGCGACGAGACCGAUGGUGGGGGUCGCCGGACUGUGCGGCAUGCUGUCGCUGUUUAGCGACAUCUUAGAGGGCCUCCACGUGCUCGCACCGACUUUUGAUUCGACGCCCGCCAUCGACUCUCUCCUCCAGCUCUGUCGCGAGUGUCUCCUUCGAGUAGAGGAGGCCCUGCACUUUCACAGCCAGUGCGAGGACGUUGCUUCCUCUUCUCUGCUUUCUUCACCCUCUGCAUGCUCAGAAGCUGCUGAGGACAUCUCGCAACAAGACCCUCUACAAGUCACCUCGAACACUGCUGCUCUCCUCAGUCCACGAUGUUCGACUCCUUCUUCCUCUUCCUCCUCGUCUUCUUCCUCUUGUUCGUCUUCCUCUUCUUCUUCCUCAACUCCUUUCGGUGGAGAACGGACGGCGACGCGCGAGGAAGCAGGUGAAAGAGACAGAAAGGUGAUGUCGCUCGCGGUGUCUCCUCCUCCCUCGUCUUCCGCUCCCAGCACAGACAACUUGCUCACGACGAAGGUGACCCUGAUACGCCAGACCCAUCUCGCAAGAAAGAGAAAACGAUUCCUCUGCGCCGUCGACCGCUUCUUCUCCUACACUGAGGCUCUGUGGCUGGGCGUUCGCGCAAACGCUGACAGCGUGGAGGCGAGAGUCUUGGCAACGCUCGAUCUCCUGAGCGAACUGCAAGUUAUCCUUUACCGCAUGCACAUCGAACUCCUCGCGGCAGAGCGACAGGCAGGGGGGGCGAAGAGAACCGAAGAAGAGCGAACAGGAAAGGACGCUCACGGACCAGAAGAAAGAGAGCAAGAGAGAGAAGAAAGAGAACAUGCGGAAGAAGAAGGAGAACAAGAGAGAGAAGAAGGGGAACAAGAGAGAGAAGAGUCGCCAUGGACUGGCGGGUGUCUGCCCACAUGGUUAUGCGCGCUCCUCGACUGCGGCCAAGUCCAGCAGCUUCCUGUAGCAUGUCGAGCUCUUCAGGCCUUCCUCAAUCUCUUCAACUCUUUUUCACCCGAACGAAGGAGAUUCAUCAUCCUGGGAACCUCUCACUGCGAUCAAGCCGCAGUCAGGCUCUGGGAGGCGUUGGCGCGCACCGACAGCGACGGCCGCCCCCGGAUCGUGGGCGCUCCGAGCGCCGUCGCCGAUUUGCUCCUCCAACUCGAAGCGAGCUGUCGCCCAGAAAAGGAGGACGUCGUGCAGGCGAUCAUUCUGCAGGCGCUGCAGUCGCCGGAUCCGAAGAGGAGACUCGAGGCGAUCGAGAGGUUUUCUCUUCUCUGGAGAUGCGCGCAUUUGCAGAAGCGAGAACUCGGUCGUCCUCUCUACUCGCUGCCGGUGCUGGUAGUCCUGCAGGCCCUCGAGGAGACCGAGCCUCGCAUUCGGCACGCAGCGCGCGCAUUCGUGCGACAGGCCGUCUGCCACUUGCCUCAUCUGCUGGAUCCGAUUUUCGAGUUGCUGCUCUUCGUCGAUCCUGUCUCGUCUCUUGAAACUCCAGAGGUUUCCGAUGCUCGCAGACCUCUUCCCCAGACUCUCCUCCCCCCACCCUCUCUUCUCGCGUCCGCGCGCCGGCGCUCAAAUCUACGCUCCGCUUUUUUCUCUUCCAGUCCAUCUUCUUUUCCCUCUGCAAGCUCGCUGGACCCAAGUCUCGGGUAUCUUUCUCUCGCCUCGUCUUCCUCUUCUGCGUCUUAUGGUCCUUCUCUUCCACGUCCUUCCUCUUCUCUUCCUCUCUCUUCCUCGGCUUCGUCUCCGUCUCCUUCUCCUGCGCCGCCGAUGGGGCCUCUGCUUUCGCUGGCGCCUUUUCUCUCCGCAGCCGAGAGGAUUCUGGAGGCGGUGCGGCUGCUCAACAACCUCCUGCAGUGCGAAGGUCAGCUGCUGGCGGAGAGCAUGCAGCGGUUCCUCGUUUCAGAGACUCUGCUCUUCCGCAACCUUCUGCAUGCGGAGUCUCUGCUUGAUUCGCUCCGCAAAAGGGAGGCGAAACUCGAGAGCGCUCACCCUUCGAAACCGAGAACAAGCGACGGAGAAGAGUUCCCAGAGACUGCGGAAGCAAGCGAGGAAGACGCGGCCAGCCCCGCGGAGAGACACAGAGGUUCGCCCUCCGCGUCUGGCUCCUACGAGGAGCUCGCUGCGGUGGACUACAUCGAUCUGUUUUGCAUUGUCAUUCUUCGUUUUAUUCGACUAGACCACCCUGCAACCUGCACAGCCGGUCUCCUUCCUGCCUCGUCUUCUUCUUGUUCUCCUUCGGAUUCGUCGUCGUUGUCUCUCUCCUCCUCGUCUCCCGCGUCGCUCACGACGCCAAAGCUUCUUCCGUCGAGCGUCUGCACUUUGGAGGAACCGGAUGGACUUCCGAGAGGUCUUCCUCUCCCUGGGUGCUCUUCGUCUCUGACUUCUCCCUCUCCCUCGCCGAUCCGCUCGCUCUCUUCUAGUGCCUGCUCGGCUGCGUCUGCGUCGUCCUCUGCCUCUUUCGCAGCCGUCAGAGGAUCUGCGGCCGAGGUUCUGCAUGUUUUUAUCUCGUCCAUGCAUCCCGUCAGUCGAGCGAAAGAAGUCUCCUGUCUCGUUGCCGAACCUCUGAUCGCUGCACUCGACGACGCAGUCGACCAGGCUGACCAUGCAAUGCAGUCUCAGCUACUUCGCCUCCUCCGAGUUGUCAUUCUCCAGUCGAGCGCUCCAGGUCCGUCCUGUUCGCCUUCCACGCGAUUUCUCCUCGCACAGUCUGAGGUGCAGCUCCAGCAGAAAUUGUUUCUCCAGCAGCAGGCGCAACAACUCGACUUCUUCUCGCCGUUCUACGGGGAAACUUCGCAGGCCAAUCUCCCUUCAUUCGCGAAAAAAGCGGGCCUCGAAGGCGUCACGGCGCCCUUUCCUCUCUUCGCAGUUGCGGUUGAGUCAAAAAAAGUCAAGUUGCCAAACCUGCGUUCCCUUCCGGACCAGGCUGCAGCGUUUCUACCGGUGCUGCUGAGAAGUAUGGAUCUCUGCAACGCUGGCCCAGUUUCUCCUCUUCCUUCUGCGCCUUCUGUGGGGAAGCAGCGCCUGAGAGAAGGGAGCUCAGUCUCCGAGAAGAGACAGACAGAGCCUGUCGUCCUCGCCUGCCAAGGUGACAACAACGUUGAACAGGCAGUCGACCUGGCGACGCUGUAUCUCAAAUACGUCGAUUCGAACCGGGUCUCUGAGGCGUCCUACACUCUCAUUCACUUCUUCUGCUCUCAAGUGAUGUUCGCCGUUCGCCCUCCUCCUUCUCGACCGCGGUCUUCUUCUGCCUCCUUUUCUUCUCCCUCUUCUUCCUCUUCCUCUUCUUCUUCUUUCUCUUCUUCCUCCUCUUCCUCUUCUUCCUCUUCUUCUUCUUCCUCUUCUUCUUCUUCCUCUUCUUCUUCCUCCUCUUGUUCUUCUUCUGCUUGCUCUUCGUUUCCAGCUCUGUCUCCUUUCAGAGUGUCGCAGGGUGCGCCUGCUCCUCAGGGGAUGUUUUCUUCUUUGGCGGUUGCGCGUCCGAGGCCAGGCCCCGUUUUGUCGCAUGCAUGCAGUCGCUCUGCGAGGGCAGAAGACGCGUUCCUCCCACCGUCUCGUCUCGCCUUCUCCGCGGCUCUCCCGUUUAUCAACGGCCUCGCCCAAGUUCUUCAGUUCCUAGUCGAUACGGCGACCUCGACGCUUGACGCCGGCGUCGACGGAGAGGAGCAAAGCAGAGGAGGCGCGCUGCUACCUUUCUUCGAUUUGUUUGCGUGGAGCGCUGCGCCGGACUCUGGCGGCAGCGGCUGUCGCCAGGUGGAGGCGAAGCUGGCGCAUGUAACUGCGUUGCUCCCGACAAUCGUCGUUGCCUGCGUCACGGCUGUUUCGGCGACGCUUCCGCGGUCUUCGUGGAGAGCUGCGAGAAGCAGACUACGAGCGAAGGCCGCGCGCGACAGAGGACGCAGGCCGAGGCGGGAGGAGCGAACGAGCAGAGAAGACAGAGAAGAAAGACGCGACAGAAGCGAACGAGACCCCAACGCCCAAGUCGCCGACCUGGACGCGAAACGAAACGAAGAAACCGUCCGGAUGAGAGUCACAGCCAUCGUCGACACUCUCUUCAAGGCGUUUCCGCGGCAUUUCGUCCAGAGUUGCCUGGCUGUCUGGGCGUUGGGUCUGAACGAGGAGGGGGACAAGUUGUCGGCGCUCCUCUUCAUUCUCAAGCAGUGCUCUGCCACAAUGCUGACGGCGCUGCUCCCUCCACUGAUUUCCGUCUUCAAGGAAUCUCUGCGCGGCGCUUCUCUCGGCUCCUCGCCUGCGCUCCCGGCGCCCCACCGACCGUCGGGGUCUCCUGUCUCCGCAUUGGGCUCUUCGGGCGCGCUGGGCGCUUCGGGUGCGUUGGGAGGCGCGGGCAUCCCGCGUUUGCUCUACGUGUCUCCGGCGUUUUCUUCCGCGUCCUUUGCGUCGUCUUUUGCGUCUUCCUUUCUGGCGCCGCCGUUCGCAAAUGUGCAUCUGACAAGGCAGCGCGAGGCCGUCUUUCUCCACUUUCUGUACACCCUCGUCGUCGCGCGGCACCCACCCCCGUACGUCCAAAGUUCGCUCACGGCGAUCGUCUCCUUCUCAGAUGCCAGACGGAGCAGUCUCCUGUCGUCCGACGCGUUCGCCGCCUCCGCCUCGAAGGUUCUAAGUCUCAAAACACUCUCGGCGGGGAACUCGGCUGUACAUACACCCCGACGCUGGGGCGCCCAGGCCAGCGGGGGGCCUUCCUCCACUCGCGGCGGGAAGCACCGCGAAGUGCAAGGCGAGGAGCGACGCGAGGAGCGACGCGACGCGAGUUCGGCUUUUGCGUUGUCGACUGGAUCUGCCGUCUCUGGAGUGUCUCUGCCGAUCUUCGAGGCGAAGGACUUCCAUGUUCUCCCGCAUGCAGACGACGUCGAGGUGACAUGGCAACACCUUCUUCAGCUCGUCUCCGUCUUCGUUGCUCAGCCCCGACAGCCGGUCUCUGUCUUGUGGUUCAUUGCGCUGCUCCUGGCUUUCGACCGCGUGAAGGCCGCGAAAGAAGCAUCCAUUGCCUCAAAGAAAACACGGAAAGAUCUGCAGGACCUUUUCAAACUCUGCAUUUUCAUCGCCGCAAGACAGUUCGGUUCUCGCGUCGCUUCGGCUGCCAGUGGAAGCGCCUUCGACGUCCUCGCCCCUCUGCCUCCGCCAGCGGACCUCAUCAAUCAAGCUCUCUCCCUCACGUCGUCUUCUGUGUCCUCUGCGUCGCGUUUCGCUGGAGGGUCUGGGAGUGCCGGCGAUGGCGAGAAAGACGGCGGAGACAGGGAAGUGGAGCGUCUGCAGCGUGAGCAGCUGAAGAGUUUGCGAGCGCGGCCUUCUCUCGCCUCUCCGCCCUGCCUCAUGGCCAUCAACAAAGUCCUCAUUGAGAGACAACUCGCGUCCGCUCUCGUCCCCACAGACGCCGUCGAAAUCGCGGCGCACUACGCUCUCGCCGUCAUCGUCAUGUUUUGCGUCGAGAUUGGGGAGAUAAAUCGACGAAGUCCGUUGACGGCGCUUUUCCUCCAAGUUCUCUGCGACGACUUCCCAACCUACGUCCUCCCGGCGCUGCACAAUCAGUCUCCGCAAGCCUUUUCGUACCGGUAUCUGAUUCUCUGCGUCCUGCGUUACUUUCCGACGCGUCUCUUUCCCUCCGCGAUUCCGAUGAUGAAGAAGGCGCUCGUGGAGAACCUCCCGCUUGCCUCAUUCUUCUCAAUGGACAGAAGAACUCUCCGAUGCUGGGCUCAAGUCGGCGCGAGAGUGCUAAGUGGCGACGCGCAAAAGAUCGAGGUUCUUCUUCCCUCGCCGCAUGCAGGCGUCUUUUCCUCCAGGGAGAGCGACUUGUGUCAGCGUAUGCGCUACCUGAAGAGACUUGCCUUUCUGCUUCUCUGCAGUGGAAAGGAUACUUUUCAUCCGCAGCUGGCCUUCAUCCUCGAAAAGCUCACAGAAACUCUGAAACUCAGUGCCAGCAACCAGGCCCCAGCCCUCACAGAGCAGGUCUUUCUCUGCAUUCGAGUCCUUCUUCUCCGUCUCUCUGCGUCGGCGCUGACGCCUGUGUGGCCAAUCCUGCUGACAGAACUCAUCAAAGUCUUCUCUUCUGCCUCUGUCCCCGCUGUCUCCGCUGGCGCUCCAUCGUCUCCGCUGGCCUCCGCUUCGCCAUCUUCUCCACCCUCUGGCGGUACGUCACAGCCGACGCAGGCGGCGGCUGCAACGCCUGCGGGAGGAGCUUCGGUCUCUUUGUCUCUGCUGCUCGCGGCUCUGAAAGUCGUCGACGUCGCUGCUCUCCUCGACCUGCCGGAGUUCCAUCUUUAUCAGUGGAUGUUUGUCGAGGAAGCGUUGAUUGUCCACGCCGCCGGGUCGCCGAAAAAGGACAGGACAGCGGCGGAACGCGCUGAGAGCCGCUCGACUCAGUUCGCGCCUGUCUCUUCCUCAGAAGGAAGUAACCGACACACAGAGGCCGCGGCAGAGAGAGUGCAAGACGGAACGAGCGAAAAAGAAGGAACAAACGUCGAGGACGAAGGAAAGGAAGUCGAGCGAGAGAGAGGAGAGAGAGAAGAGAGAGGAGAGAGAGAAGAGGAAGAUAGUGCGCCGAACGGAGACCGAGGCGGAGAGAGAGAGGAGGCGGGAGGAAACGCGGCGGGAGCAGAGAAGAAGGAACGCGGCUUUCGCGAGGAAGGAGACGGAGAGCGACCCUCUUUGGCUGUUGCAUCAGAAGAGAAGCAAGGCGUUUCUGCAGUUCCGAAGCCGGAGAAAAACGCGACAGGCAUGGAUUGCCCCGAACUUUCGCCGACGCCGACAGAAGACGACGGUGAACAGUCGAUGAUGUUCAUUCCGUUCGGCGCUCUCCUUGCUCAGUGGAGUGACGGCGAGUCUGGACUCUCUGCGAAACGUCCUUCCUCCUUGAGUUCUCGUCGGACGCGACAGACGCCCGCAGCAGAGUCGGGAGACGCGAGCACCCCACAAGUUCCAAGAGGCGCGCCGGAGUCGCCCCGCGAGCCGCGGAUACAGGAGACAGCGGAGACCGGGCCUGAGGAGCAUGGGCGAGGAGGAGACAGGUUGUGGGGUUCACACGCGAGACGAGCAACGGCACGCCGGUCUCCGAGUCUAAGUCGCGAAAGAGAGAACGCGGGGGAACAAGCGACAGCGGGAACGGAGAGAAGAGAGAACGAGCGAGAGCAGGAGAAACAGAGAGCGCACCGCAUGCACACAGGAGGGCCUUUGGUGAACCUCAGACGAGUGGAGACUCCUCAGCAACUGGCACAAGCAGCAGGAGCUGUAAAUGCAGCCUCUGUUGCCGGCGCGUUGCUUCGCACCAAGUUCGACGAAGGACUCGUUGAAAGAUCGAUUGAAAACGAUCUGCUGGAAGUUCCGGACGGCAUGCUCGACCUCUGGGCGGACAUCGGCUGCCCGAAACUUCUCGCGCAUUUGUGGGACCUUUACACGUGUGGUUUCGACAUUUUUGUGCCUUCGCAGUUUCCGCCGCAUGCAGGCCCUGGAGGCGGAGCUUGAAUGCGCAUGCAGUUUGUGGUUUUUGUGGUUUUUCCUCGACUGCUCUGUGUUCGGCUGACGAACGUGAAGCGCUCUGCGUCCCUGUGUCUGGCUGUGUGGUGCUAGCAACGCAUGAAGCCGGCCUCCGACGAGCUCUCCGGUUCGGUUUUUUCCAGACUCCCUUCAACAGUGAACAGCCAGAGUGAAGGGAUCUGUGUUCGAGUGUUUCCACGAGAGUGCAUGCACAAGAGGUGACUGUCUCACCCGAGAAAAAAGAGUUCGCUUGCGUCUUCUUCGCAAGCAAAGAGUCCGUUCUCUACGCAGUUGCCUGUGCACCUCGUCCACUGGCGCGAGUCUCAAGGCGCUCGUUUGUGUAUGACGAAGGAAGCAGAAACGCUCACAAAAACAAUUGUUCAACGCGCCGACUGCGGUCCUUGCCGGGGUCUGUCACUCAGCGCGAUAUGUCGCGUCGAUCUCUGGCGUCUUUUUUUCGAGCUCAAACGUCGACCCACUGAGUAGAGCGCGGGGGAGACGCGGAUUUUCGCAGUGGUGGGCCGCGCGAAGAGCCGCGAGCAGGACCAUAAAGACUUGCGAAAUUCCAACCUGUCACAGCCUCGAUGUUUCGCUUCUCUUUUUUCCGAGUCGCUCGCUGGAGCUGCGGGGUCUCGUUCGUUGGUGUUGCGAAGAACUCGGAAGGUGCGCGCCUGAGACAUGGGACUCGGUCGAGAACGUAUGAACUUCAACGAAACAGAAGCUGGAGAGAGAAAAGUGGAAAGAGAG